CUUGCACACUGAGAAUGUGGUCGUAAAUCCUAACUUCUGUUUGUUCCCAUAUGUGCUCUUGUGCUCCCAAGCCUUGCACUAGGACUUGCAGUGGGCAGAGAGAAGGUAUUUGUGCCUCUUCACAUGACUUUGACCAGCCAAGGGAAAAGAAUCAGCCUAAUUGGACAUCUGGACAUCUUUGUAAAACCACAGUUGGCUCCUGUGUGCUAGAACAGCAGUAUCCUCUCAAAUCCUGGCAUGCUUCAAGCCUCGAACCCUAGCUGAGGAUCCCACUCCUCAUUGCAGAAGAGCUGGAUGAUAUUGAGAAACCCAAGGAAGCAAGGGACAGCGGAAGCACUGGUUUCAAAAUGGCUGAUGCUUUCUUCUAUGAUAGUGGAGAAAGAUCUCAAUAUAGGUGCCUCGGGGAGGAAAUACAGAUUGAGCACAUCAAGGCAUAUAUUUGUAAACCAUCUUUCUUCACGGACAAAGCUGUGAUUGUGAUUCACGAUAUAUUUGGAUGGCUGUUCCCAGACACUAGAUACAUAGUUGACUUGGUUGCCCUUCAGGGAUACAUAGCCAUCUGCCCAGACUUCCUCAAGGGGAAAGAGCCUUGGAAAACUACUGAUCAUUGGGCUGACUUUGCUGACUGGAUGAAAGAUCAUGAUCCUAUGAAAGUAGACAGGGAAGCUGAUGUUGUCUUGAAGUAUCUAAAGGAACAAUGCGGUGCAAAGAAGAUUGGUAUCGUUGGGUUUUCCUGGGGUGGAAUGGCAGUACAUCACUUGAUGCUGAAAAAUCCUCAAUUAAACGCGGGGGUGUCCCUCUAUGGAAUAAUUAGGGACUCCGAAGAAAGAUACAAUUUACUAAAUCCCACGUUUUUCAUUUUUGGUGAGAAAGACCACACUAUUUCUUAUGAUCAGAUCACCUUACUGGAGGAAAAGUUGAAACAGUACUGUAAAGUUGCAUAUAAAAUUAAAGUUUAUCCUGGACAAGUUCAUGGGUUUGCACAGUUGAAGCCAGAAGAUAUGAAACCUCAGGAUAAACCUUAUAUUGAAGAAGCUAGACAGGAUAUGAUUGAUUGGAUCAAAAUGUAUAUUUGACAGAAGCAUAAAGUAACACUAGGUUUCAAGAUCAGUGUUUACUUAAAAUUUAAUUAAAUUUUUGAGAAGAAAACAGCCAAGGGGAAACUAUCCGGUUUUGAAAAUUUUCACAAACAAAAAUAGGAACAUUUUAAUUUAUAGUUCUUAAUUAUGUUUACAAGAUUUUCACAAGAAUAUGAAAACAAAAUUGGACUGAAGGACCA